AUGUCGCCCUCCCAGCUGAUGUCCAUUUCCGCGGGUCCGGAUCCGCACGCGAUCCCCACAGAAAGCUUCGUCCACGAAAAUGAUUGGUAUAAUCAAGACUUCGAUGGCUAUCGCAUCUCCGAGCAGGCGCUAUACACCAAGCGCCAUAUGAGGGUCAUCUGUGUCGGCGCAGGUGCAGCUGGUCUCCAAAUCGCCUAUAAAGCGGAGCGUCUAUUAGAGAACAUUGAUCUUCAAAUAUACGAGAAGAAUGACGAUGUCGGCGGCACCUGGCUCGAGAACCGAUAUCCAGGCUGCACUUGUGAUAUCCCGAGUCACAGCUAUCAAUUCACAUGGGCGCGAAACCCGAAUUGGUCGCAUUACUAUUCUUCCUCCGAAGAGAUUUGGCAAUAUUUCAAAGAUGUCUCCGACAAGUACAACCUCACCAAGUAUGUUCAGUUCCAAACAGCCGUGCAGUCUGCCACGUGGGAUGAGACGGACGGACAGUGGAGGAUACAGAUAAAGGGUCCCAAUGGCGAGUUCGAGGACUGGUGCGAUAUCCUGAUCAAUGCAUCGGGUGUCUUGAACUCGUGGAAAUACCCCAAUGUCCCUGGCCUCGACCUGUACCAAGGAAAAUUAAUGCACAGUGCCAACUGGGACAACUCGUACGAUUUGACCGACAAGACAGUCGCUGUUAUCGGAGGUGGUUCAUCCGCUGUCCAGAUUAUCCCGUCGAUCCAGCCCAAAGUUAAGAAGCUCACGGCCUUUUUGCGGUCUCCCGUGUGGAUUACAACCGGGUUUGGGGCAAAGCAUGCCGGGCCGGGAGGCACCAACUUCAAGUACUCUGAGGAGCAGCUUAAUAAUUUCAGAGAGAACCCAGAGGAGCAUACUCAAUACUGCCGUGAUGUGGAAGGUGAAUUGAACAAGCGGUUUACCUUGAUGCACGACCGAAGCAAGGACCAGGCAAAAUCGCGAACCACUAUCGCCAACCUGAUGUCGGAGCAGCUUGGACACGACGAGAGCCUUGUCAAGAACAUGGUGCCGAAGUUUGCGCUUGGCUGUCGGCGAAUGACGCCUGGAUCGGGCUAUCUUCAGUCAUUGACUGAGUCAAACGUUGAAGUUGUUCAUCAAUCUGUCACGAAGUUGACGGAACAUGGCAUUGUCGAUGAGAAGGGUGUUGAGCACAGAGUGGACGUUGUCAUCUGCGCGACCGGCUUUGAUACUUCCUUCACACCGCAUUUCAAGAUCACCGGUCGCAAUGGGUCAGAGCUUCAUGAGCAAUUUGGAGAUUUUCCUAUUGGAUACCUCGCCAUUAUGGCAGUGAACUUUCCCAACCUUCUCUUGUUUAUGGGCCCUAAUGGACCUUCAAGUCACAGCUCUAUUCUCCCAAUUAUGGAAUGGAUGACAAGGUACUCUUUCCAGGUCAUUGAGAAGGUCCAGAAAGAAAAUAUCAAGGCUUUUGAGCCCAAGAGGGGCGCUGUCAAAGACUUGUACAAUCAUACACAUGAACUGAUGAAGCGAUUGGUUUGGUCAGCUCCAUGUCGGUCUUGGUUUAAGAACGGGAAAACGCAGGGUCCGGUAACAGCUAUCUAUCCAGGGAGCAGACUGCAUUUUUUUGAGGUGUUGAAGAACGUACGAUGGGAAGACUUUGAACUUGACUACCGCACCGAAAAUAGAUUCCAGUUCAUGGGCAAUGGCUACACCGAGGCGGAGAUCAGCCCCGAUGGAGAUCCUGUUUGGUACUUCGACGACGACUUUGUCAAAGUAUAG